AUGUCCGAGGGACAAGAGAAUCCCUCAUUCGAGAAAGAUCCCAACACAUCGCCGACACCAAUUCGACGGGAAAAUGAAAAUGUAGUUCCCGAAUCGAACGGCUCGGAAAGCCCGCGUUCGAUUCGCAGCUACCACAAGGGUAGCAAUGGAACGCUGACGGGCGGUGGAAUGACGAAGAACUAUUCGAAAACGGUUGUACUGAUUAUUCCAAUUGAUUAUUCGAGGAUGUCCACUUAUAAAAAGAAAAUGGACAUAAAGCAGUACAAGUCGAAAAUCGAUCGUCGUCUGGGUUUCUGCGUACUUGCCUGUCUCGUCAUUAUCGCCACCGUGCUUUGCGUUUAUGGGCUAAUCCACGAAGGAGUCCACUCCGAGCUGACCACUUAUGUGAAUCGAACUCAUCAAAUUGCUAAAGAACUAAAAGCGGUGAUGUUGGAUGAGUACGGGAACUCGGAAAAUGUGACAGCGGAUGAUGGAAAAGAAUGGAUGACUGUUGAGGAUUUGGCUCAUGAUGCAUAUAUGUUAAGCGAGGUUCACUCAAAAGUCUGGUGGUUAUUCUUGGGAAAUCUGUUGAUCGCCAUCCUAUUGACUCCAAUUCUCACUUUUGUUCAUUGUGGUUUCGUCGAUGGAAAUGGAUUCAAGCUUGUUUAUCGAGCGGUCAUCUUGGCGUGUCUCAUUUGGUUCUUCGCUCAAUUCUUCUACCUUCUUCAUCCACUUCUCUUCGGUGCUUCAAGAUUUCCUGGGAUGGUCGAUCGUUUAUUCAUCACCGGUUACCCCCGUGAUGAAUAUCAAUUGAACGAAAUCAAAUCUUCAUUUUAUUGUCAAUGGAAUCCGGAUCCAAUCUACGUGAAAUUCCGAGCUGCUAGAGCCUGCAUGCCGAUCAUCAAGAAUUCGCUUUUCCCCGCUUACACCGUCAUUCUUCUCAUCAUUUUCGACGUUUUCCCGUUCGUUUUUGCCGCCUUCAUGUACGCGUGGAGUGCUUGUAUUAAGGAUCAGAAACACGUGAGCACAAUGAGGACCCGAGUCGCUCUCAACAAUCAACGAAGAGUUAACAUGCCGAAAGGUCAAGAUUCGUAUGUGCCGCCAGACCCGAAGUUGAUUCAUUUGCAUAGCGACGACAAGCACGGCCGAUUCGUC